CCCUCUAAUCACUGAUGAAUUUAAAUGCAUACCAUUUAAGGCACAGGGCCAAAUGCAGCCUGGAUUUAGGGGAGGCAACUCCAGUGGAAGUCUCUGUUCCAAAUUCACUCAGUGCUGGUGUAAGAUGGUGAGGUAAAUUAGACGUCAGGAUUAAAUUGCCAGCCUUCCUCUGAUUCAUCAAUGAAGUCAUAAUGCUGGAACUCUGAGAUCACAAUCAUCUCUAUGGCAACAGAUUAUGAAUUCAAAAAUAGCCGAAGGGCCAGAGCCAAAGCCCCUUGAAGUCAAUUGAAAACCUCCCAUCAAACUUCAAUGGGCUCAGAAGAAACAGAGCAGGGUAGGGGAAAAGCCUUUAAUAAAAUACAAAUACCUUUAAUAACAGCAACAGAAACAGAAGAUAUUGAUGAAAAAAUCUGCUUACAGAAUUUAUCAGCAGGACCGUGUGCAUGAAAGAGUGACCACCCUUUGAUCUCUUGGCUGAUAAGCACAUGAAAUACUAGAGCAUACUGAAAUCCGUAGCCCUAUUCAUGUACACAGGUCUCUGAAUCUGCUGCACAGGAUUCAUUACAGCAUUUCAGAUUAGAAAACAGCUUCAAUUACUGAAGAAAAUAUCACUUCUGCUUUAAAACUAUAUCUUGUUGAAGCUGAACAUGUUCUCGCAUCUCCACUAUUGAUGUCUAGCGCAGAAUAGAUAUUCCAGACAGAAUCAACAGAUCCAUUUGCAGUAGGACCAUCGUACAUUAAUACAAGAUGGAAGACACAUACAAAGACAGGACUUCAUUAGUGAAAGGGGCUAAGGACAUUGCCAAGGAGGUGAAGAGACAAACUGUAAAGAAGGUGAAUAAAACGGUAGACAAAGUUCAGGAUGGGUAUACGCAGAGAUCCUACAAACAAUUCAAGGAUGAGGAAGAUGAUGAUGACUACUAUACACAAGGAAGAAAUUAUGAUGGAGAAGCCAAUGAUGAUGAAGGGUCAAGUGAAGCAACUGAAGGGCAUGAUGAAGAUGAUGAGAUUUACGAGGGGGAAUAUCAGGGAAUCCCAAACAUAGGGCAAGGCAAGGAUGGCAUAGUGGCCCUACAGCAGCCCAUCCAUGAUGAAUAUAAGGACCGUCAUGAACUGGAAACAGAGAGGAAAGCUGAUGAAGAGGAGCUAGCGCAGCAGUAUGAGCUGAUUAUACAAGAGUGUGGACAUGGCCGUUUUCAGUGGGCCCUCUUCUUUGUUCUUGGAAUGGCACUAAUGGCUGAUGGGGUAGAGGUUUUUGUGGUUGGAUUUGUGUUGCCCAGUGCUGAGACAGACAUGUGCAUACCCAAUUCUGGAUCAGGAUGGCUAGGUAGCAUAGUGUACCUUGGGAUGAUGUUGGGGGCAUUCUUCUGGGGAGGCUUGGCAGACAAGGUGGGAAGGAGGCAGUCUCUCCUGAUAUGCAUGUCUGUCAAUGGAUUCUUUGCCUUCCUGUCAUCAUUUGUCCAGGGCUAUGGCCUCUUUCUCCUCUGUCGCUUAUUUUCUGGAUUUGGGAUUGGCGGAGCUGUUCCAACAGUGUUCUCGUAUUUUUCUGAAGUUCUUGCUCGAGAGAAGCGUGGUGAACACUUAAGUUGGCUGUGCAUGUUUUGGAUGAUUGGAGGCAUCUAUGCUUCUGCCAUGGCUUGGGCAAUAAUUCCUCACUAUGGGUGGAGUUUUAGUAUGGGGUCUGCCUACCAGUUUCACAGCUGGAGAGUAUUUGUAGUCGUCUGUGCACUGCCCUGUGUCUCCUCAGUAGUAGCACUCACUUUCAUGCCAGAAAGUCCAAGGUUUCUGCUGGAGGUUGGAAAACACGAUGAAGCUUGGAUGAUUCUCAAGCAAAUUCAUGACACUAACAUGCGAGCUCGUGGGCAGCCUGAAAAAGUCUUCACAGUUAACAGAAUCAAAACUCCCAAACAGAUAGAUGAGCUCAUAGAAAUUCAGAGCGACACAGGAACCUGGUACAGAAGGUGUUUUGUUAGAAUCCACACAGAGCUAUAUGGGAUUUGGUUAACAUUUAUGAGAUGUUUCAACUAUCCAGUCAAGGACAAUACAAUCAAACUUACAGCUGUAUGGUUCACACUGUCUUUUGGCUACUAUGGGUUGUCCGUCUGGUUCCCUGAUGUCAUUAAAUAUCUGCAAUCGGACGAAUAUGCAUCCAAAGUGAAACGUUUUAACGGAGAGAGACUUGUAGAUUUCAACUUCAACUUCACAUUGGAAAAUCAGAUUCACAUCAAUGGAUCAUACAUCAAUGACAGGUUUAUUAUGAUGAAGUUUAAAUCAGUAACCUUUGAAGAUUCCCUUUUUAAGAAUUGCUUAUUUGAGGACAUUACUUCUGUGAGCACAUACUUCAGGAACUGUACUUUUGUGGAAACCAACUUCUCCAGCACAGAUCUCGAGCAAUAUAAGUUCAUUGACACUGAAUUUAUAAACUGCAUAUUUAAGCACAACAAGACAGGAUGUCAGAUUACCUUUGAUGAUGACUACAGUGCUUAUUGGAUUUACUUUGUUAAUUUCCUGGGAACUUUGGCUGUGUUACCAGGGAAUAUUGUAUCUGCUCUUCUGAUGGACAGAAUUGGACGUUUAACGAUGUUAGGUGGUUCUAUGGUACUCUCUGGAAUUAGCUGUUUUUUCUUGUGGUUUGGUACCAGUGAAUCCAUGAUGAUAGGCAUGCUGUGUUUGUACAAUGGUCUCACCAUCUCAGCAUGGAACUCCCUUGAUGUCAUUACUGUGGAACUGUAUCCUACAGACAGAAGGGCAACAGGCUUCGGCUUUUUGAAUGCACUAUGCAAAGCAGCAGCUGUACUUGGAAACUUAAUAUUUGGUUCCCUUGUUGGCAUCACCAAAGCAAUCCCCAUUCUUCUAGCUUCAACUGUUCUCGUGUGUGGAGGUCUGGUGGGACUUCGACUUCCUGACACAAGAACCCAGAUGCAAACAACUUCAUUCUUUCCAAUGUGUUUCCGGGGAGUCUGUGUGCCUGUGCAUUGCAGAAUUAAGGAGUCAGCAGAAAAAAAGGGCGUUCUAGGCUCACAAGAAUGAACAAAGCAUAUUUGGUACAGGAAAACUAAGACUUUUUACAAGAAAUUAAAACAGACAACACCGCACUGUCCAUAGCUGGGAAUCAUGCGUAUUGCCUGAUUUACUUGAGAGUGAAAUUCAUUCUGAGCCAUUUAGUUAAGUAAUAACACACAACAGUGCAGCAAUGCUGAUACAACAUCAUCACUGGUGGAUGGUGGAUAUUCUAAUGGAAAGAAAAAAAAUGUCAGUGGUGGGACACUGUAGCCUGCAGUUCACAGUCUUUCUUUAAAAAAAAUGAAAAUGAGUCUUUAGGUUUCCAAUGAAUGUUGCUGACUUUAUCAUCAUCAUUGGAACUAUGUAACAAACAUUAAAAUGAAAUAAUUUAGAAGAAAAAGUAAUAGAAUGUUAAACAUUCACUUUAAAUAGUUAUAUUUAACAAUACAAUGUUUUUGUAAGAAACUUAGAGCUCUCUCGUCCCUCCCCCUGUGUGGAUCCCAGCCAGUGUGAUGGCCGGUUUCUGUAACACUUCACCUAUGAUCAUGAAGAAUAUACUUUCAUUUAAAAAAAUCCCUCAGAACUAGAGCAGCAUAUACCUACUGAUUUAGGCCUUGAUCCAGCAAGUUGGUCUAUACAGGCAAGCCCCUAUGCCUAUAUAGACAAUGGAAGUCAAUGGAGCAGUUUAUGGUAUUAAGACCUGAGCUUUCUUAUAAGUUAACUUAAAAGAAAAACAACAGUUAAAUGCAUGAUCUUGUGUUAUGCAGUAUUGGAAGCAACUUCUUUACUGAGUCCUGGGGUGAGAGGAAUUCUCUAUAACAUGUUGGUUUAAUCUACCAAUGUAUGGAUUGUAACGUAAUAAUUUUAACCUUUGAUGUCCUCAUACAAGUGACUGGAGUUCCAACCAAUACACUGCAUUGUAAUAUCAUCCCAGGUCAGAAACCACAUGAAUCAACUGAUCACUUUAUUUUCCAGCCAUUUUAUAUAUGUAAAAAAUGCUAUCAUCUGUCUUGAGUUAAAAUUCUAAUAAAUUAAAUUGUAACUUAUAUGUGGCCACAAAUAUAUUUGAUGUGUGAAGGCGUGUAAACAGACAAAAAAUGGAUGUUUUUUUCUUCUCACUUCACUGGGUUAAUUUCAGUCCUGUGUAUACAAAAAUAACCAUCCAGCUGAAAAUAUAAUUCCAUGCCUUCAAUAUCAGUUACUGAUAUAGUCAAGGUACUGAUUCUUGGUAACUAGUUUGUGCCUCCUAAAUCCCCAAAAAUAGCAAACACAAAAGAAAAAAUGUAUGUGCUUUCUUUAUGCUGAGCCAAAUUCUGCUCUUAAUUUUCCCCAGUAGAGCUCAAGUAAAAGUAAGGGCGUUGAAACAAGGCAACUGGGAGCAGAAUUUGGCACACUGUCUUUAACAUACAAAACAUGGUGUGUCUGUAUGUCCUGGUAUCCUGUGUUUUGUAACAUGACAAUGUGUAUAUAUUGUAUAUAAAGUACUAAGAUUUUUAAGUUAAAUUUACAUUCUUCACAUUCAUUUUCAGAUCCACAAUUUUGUACUGAGAUCUUGGCAAUGGCCCUGACCUUUUUCUUUUUUUACUGCUCUGUAUGAUCUCCUGUAAUGUGGGUUACAGUUAUCACUCCUGUAUAUAUGUGCUUGCAUGUGUGUGCAUUGAUAAAUUCUCACUUUCAGGUUUCUGGAUUUUUCAUUCCAAGUACAGCUGGUACAAUUGUGAACUCAUCUUUCUGGCAUGCUCCUCUGUGUCAGAUUGCUGAUUGCCAAAAUGCUUGACCAAGUGUAUAAAGUCCCCUGAGAAAAGCUGUCUGUCUAACUGUGAAAGGGCAUGCUCUGUGUAGGAUGACUAUAUACAGUAUAAAUCUAUAAAAUGUGGAAGUGUGUAUAAAUUUAUCUGUCAAAUACCUAUCAUACACGUAACAAAUGCAAAGAUAUUUAAUGUACAUCAAAUUAAUAAAGGGGCAUUUUUUGCUCCACUAUAUUCCAAUAAAGAGUUAUUCUUUGCAAUGAAUGUAUACCAGGUGUGCUGACCGUUAAAGAUGCAUUCUUUAUUGUAGCCACAAAAUACUGAAAACAAUUGCUUUGAUUUAAUCAGUAUGGUACUUUUAACGUAUUUUUAGUGCUCUCUUAUUAUGGCUAUGAAUGUAUUUCAUCUUCAGUGCCCAUUAUAUAUAUCCGGUGAUAGAGAUCCAAGACAGUGUUAAAAGAAAACCUGGAACAAGUUACUAACGUGAAAGAAAUGUAAGUCAAUAUAACAACAAUACAAAAUAA